AUGGCUAGUUAUAAUGUGCUUGGUGAACUCACAACCUUUAACGAGGAUGAAACCAUAAUUACACAUCAAUAUUCAAGAAUAAAAAAAAUAGAAAACAUUGAAAAAUGUAAAAAGUUAAAAACCCUCAAGCUUAUAUCCAACUGCAUUGAGAAAUUGGAAAAUUUAGAAAAUAAUGUUCAAUUAGAACAUUUAGAAUUAUACGAAAAUAUGAUAAAAAAAAUAGAGAACAUAUCUAUGCUUAUUAAUUUAAAAGUGUUGGAUUUAUCGUUUAAUAAAAUAAAAAUCAUUGAAAAUUUAGAAACUCUAGUAAAUUUGGAAGAGUUGUAUUUAUCUAGCAACAAAAUAUCAAAGAUCGAGAAUUUACAGAAUUGUAAAAAAUUGAGACUUUUAGAAUUAGGAUAUAAUAAAAUUCGAAUGAUUGAAAAUAUCGAGCAUCUAACAAAUUUAGAAGAAUUGUGGCUAGGUAAAAAUAAAAUAGAACAUAUAAAUUUACCUUACCUUCCUAAAUUAAAAAAAUUAAGUGUACAACAUAACCGCUUAACAGAUAUAUGUGAGAAAUCUAUAAAAAAUAUUUUAUGUGUUGAAGAGUUAUAUAUUAGUUAUAAUAAAAUAAAUCAUAUAAUUGAUACAUUCAAAGAUUUAAAACAUUUAAAGGUUUUUGAUUUGUCAUAUAAUGAAAUAAAUAAUAUUUCUAUUUGUUCCUAUUUAAAAUCUGUAGAAGAAUUAUGGUUAAAUAAUAAUAAUAUAGACAAUCUAGAAAUGAUCAAAAAUUUAUCGACAAAUGAAAAUUUAAAAACUUUAUAUCUAGAAAAAAAUAAAAUUCAAGAUAACCUGAAAGAAAAUUAUAGAAAAACAAUCAUACAUAUAUUGCCACAGCUAAAACAAUUAGAUGCAUUACCUAUUUCGUCUUCACUAACAUUACAAAAAUGA